AUGGCCCUCAUACCUCGUAAAUUGGAAGUGACCCAACCUCUCACUUGGGUGGUCUGCCUUCAUUGCUAUCAUAAUCCAGCGUACUUAGUAGUGCACGCAACCGGAAAGAAACCCUUGGCUAAAGCUUCUCCUUUCUUGAUUCAAAAAUUGUUUGAAUUGACCAUUGGACAAUUCAAAAAAAUACAAAAAUUAAGAUCAGGAGAUUUACUGGUGGAAACAGCUUCCCCACAACAAUCGGCAAAACUUCUGAAAACAAAGACCCUAGGAGAAAUGAAAGUCACUGUCACUCCACAUGUGAGCCUAAACUCAUCACGUUGGGUAAUAUCUGAGAUCGAUCUGAUAUCUGAAGAUAAAUCAGAUAUUCAGAUCGACCUUUCAGACCAAGAAGUCACUGCUGUCCGACGCAUUUCCAUUUGUCAAGACGGCAAGUUGAUUCCCACCAAACAUCUUAUUUUGACAUUUAAUAAACCGACUUUGCCAUCUGAUAUUACAGCAGGUUAUCUGCGCUGCCCAGUUUGCCCAUAUGUUCCAAAUCCACUGCAUUGCUUUAAAUGCCAGCAAUUUAAACAUUCACAAACAGCGUGCCGAGGAAAAUGCAUAUGCACACAGUGUGGAACUGAAGGCCACCAGAGUACUGAGUGCUCCAGUAGUCCAUGCUGUGUGAAUUGCAAAGAUGCCCAUCCUGCCUACUCUUGA